UAUAUUUACCUACAAAGCUUAGAUUAAUGUUUUGCUAAUGGUAAGACAGAACUUUUUUAUUAAGAAUAAUGGUUGUUUGCGUUGAUUUCAACCCGCUAUCGUCGUUAUUUUGUCGUUAUACGGGAUUACUGUGCUGCGUUUAUACACAAAACACACAUACUUGUUUUCCAGAUAGCCCAUUAGAACAAUUGUUCGUAGCUCUGUGUGUGACCGCCAUCUUCUGGAUAUCUCUUCAACUCGCACACGUGGGUGACAAAGCACACCGCACGGUAGAGGGGGCCAUAGCACAUCCUGGUCUGACUCGCAUAUGUGUCCUCUACCCGUCACACAGCCCGCUUUCAGCAGCUCCCCCCUAGCACGGACCAAAGUUAUCCCGGAAUAAGGAACAGCACGCAUGUGCCGUCAACCCGGAUGUAGAUGUUUUUGCACGCGUCCAUUCCACUGGCUGUAUGCUCAAUUCCCCAUAUUGCCAAGUUAUGACAAAUUCGCCCUCGAUGAAGUGUAUAUCUUACCAAGUUUAAACAAAGCUCUGCACAUUUCAAACCGGGCUAACCAGCCGUGACAUGUCUGUUGUGCCUACGCGGCUGUCACAUCUGAGUGACAGCCCCGAAACAAUCCGCUCCCGAAGAGCUACACUUUUGAUUUACGGUCAGAGAACACAAGUGGGUAAAUACCGUGCGUUUACUGUGUAAAUAAACUGUACAUCAAGAAUAACACGUGACCCGUUUAAGCAACGGGUCUAGGUGUUCCGAGGCAGAGGUGGCCGCUCGUGUUUCUUCAUCUUAUCCCGCCGUCUUGUGUUGCAGAAUACUUCCUGUAACUUGAGACGAUGGACUUCCGCGGCAGGAGGCACGAGCGAGGCAGCAACUGGACCGACCCGGAGAUAGUGGAGCUGCUCCAGCUGUGGUCCGACGAGUCGGUCCAGAUUGAGUUGGAGAGCUCAUUGCGCAACCAGCGGGUGUUCGACCGCAUAGCGCACGUUUUGCGCGAGAAGGGCAUCUACCGUACCGGUGACCAGUGCAGGGAGAAGAUCAAAAAGAUGAAGCUGGAGUACCGCCGCAUUAAGGACAACCACAAAAUGAGGUCUUGGAAGUUCUAUGACGUGAUGGACAGGGUGCUGGCGAACCGGCCGGCUGUUACCUACUCCUCCAUGGGCGGAGCUGUCAUAGCUCAACAGGUGUUUCAGAGCCAGGGUGGGCCAGAGGUGUACCUGCAAGGAGCUCCAGCAGGCGCCUUUGGUCCCACUUCCUCGGGUGGGUUUCUGUUUGGUCAGCCUCCGAAAGCUGGCGAUCCGCUGGAUAUUAAAUGUGAAGAUGUUGAGGAGAGCAUGCUGAACUCCGGUGUCGCUCCCCCCGAGAUGUACUAUGGAUCUGGAGAUGACCAGGAAACUGAUGGGCAGUCUCUACUGGGGCCGGAGGACUCCCUGGGUCGAGGAGAGAGCUCAACAAAUGCAAGAAUCUCACCGUCAGGUUUUAAUGAUCUCGACAUCUGUUCUGUCACGGCUACCACCCACGCUGUUGGUGGCCCUGUGCCACGGGACACAUCUGAGCAGCGCAGUAAGACGGCUUCUCACCCCCCAACAUCUGUGAGACAGAGGAAGCGACGCCUGGGUGGUAAAACCUCCUGGAGCCAUGGGGGUGCAAGAUGCGGAGGUCAAAAGAGCCUGGAUAAAGCCUUGGCCAGCUUCCUGAAGUGGCAGCAGUCGGCAGAGGAGCGCCUCCUCUCCCUGGAGGAGGCGCGGCUGGAGAAAGAGCUGGAGGCCGAGGAGCGCAGGGAACAGCGGGAGGAGAGGAGGGCGGAGCAGGAGCGUCAGCAUGAGCUCCGCCUCUUCAGCAUACUCACGGGGGCGUUGGCUGCUGCCAGACAGAGCGCUCCGACCGCCACGACAGCACCGACCGACCCAACCGUCUCACCCCUGGCUCAUCUGUCGACCACACCCGCCAUCUCUGUCUCGUUAUCUCCCACUACGCAGGCGGCUUCUUCUCAGGAAACCGUAAAAUCAACACCGUCUACAUCUGCAAAGGAUUGCGAAAUGUCCCAAAGUGUUUUGGCAACUCCGCGAGGUGCAGAGUCUCUCGGCCGCAGCGUGUACCUGUCUAACCGGGGUAACAGUAUCCGACAAAAUCAAGGCAUACUCCAGCAGAGCUAUGCUCAAUAUGCAACAGACAAACACCACGACACAGAGAACCCAGAUGGUAUAAUCAACAUGGCUACCAGUGAGAACAAGCUCAGCUAUGAUCUCCUUCAUAAACGGCUGACCAAGCCUGACAUGCUAUAUAUUGGCCCAUCCUUGUUGCAGUAUUCAGACUGGAGGGGACACGCAUUCCUGAGAGAGGAAGUGGCAAAGUUCAUGACUCACUACUGCUGUUCUCCGAACCCGCUGAAGGCUGACAGCGUUGUGGUGAUGAAUGGCUGUAGUUCCAUCUUCUCGUGUAUUGCUGCAGUCAUUUGUGACCCUGAAGAUGCCAUUCUCAUCCCUACUCCUUUCUACGGCGUUAUCACCGAGGAUCUACACUUGUAUAGUGAUGUAAAAGUCUUCCAUGUUCCUCUUGACUGUGAGGCCGAUGGCAAAGGCAGUCGACCCUUCCACCUCACUGUGGGCAAACUAGAAGAAGGGCUUAAAAGGGCCAAACAAGAGGGUUUGACUAUCCGAGCUGUUAUACUGAUGAACCCCCACAACCCUCUGGCUGAGAUCUACACCCCGGAGGAGAUGAUUGCCUUCCUGGAGUUCGCCAAAAGACAUCAGCUCCACGCUAUCGUUGAUGAAAUAUACAUGCUGACGGUCUUUGAUGGACCUGUUGCCUUUCACAGUGUCCUCAGUAUAGACAGUCUGCCCGACGCACAGAGGACACAUGUAAUGUGGGGGCUGAGCAAAGAUUUUGCAAUGGCAGGAACCAGACUGGGCACUCUGUACACUGAGAACGCAGACCUCGUGGAGGCUAUGGCCCAGCUGGGCUCCUUCCACGGUGUCUCUGGAACAACCCAGCACCAAGUAGCACAACUGCUUCAGGACAGAGAGUGGAUCAGUGGCGUUUUUUUACCCGAGAACAGAUGCAGACUGAAAGCUGCUCACAGUUACCUGACAGGAGAGCUGCAGAGUAUGGGCGUCCCCUGCCUGGAGAGACCUGCUACACUGUAUGUCUGGGCCGACCUCCGAGAGUACCUCAGAGAGUCGACGUUUGAGGAGGAGUUGCGUCUGUGGAGGCAUUUCCUCAGACACAAGGUGGUGUUGACCUGUGGUCAGGCCUUCUUCUGCUCCACGCCCGGCUGGUUCCGCAUCGUCUUCGCACACCAGCAGCACCACCUUCAGCUCGGCUUGAAGCGAAUUAGGGAGGCCUUGAAUCAAAUCAAAGAAAAAAGCACCAGCCCUUUUUCACUCUCUAUCAAAGAAGCCAGUGAGGAAGGCAACAAAUCAGUGAAAGAGGACAGUGCCGAUUCAGACAAUGCUGCGGUUGUCAAUUCAACAUCAUCACCCCAGAGCAAGUCAUCGGACCAGGAGAAGGAGAAGGACAGCCCUGUUCCUGACACAGGCUCGCUGGCCACUGAGGAGUUUGUGUUGCUGGACUGCCAGGCAUCCAAGCCCGCUGACAGCCUGGACUCUCUGAUUGGCACUCUCAGGCACCAGAUCCACGCCUCCGAUUGGCUGGAGAAAAACACUCCAGAUCUGUCGGCUGGGGAGGACCCAGAGAUUCUUGAUGUAUUCAAGACCCUGCUGCAGAGAGCCAGAAAGUAAGCUUCGGAUAAACAGGCACGAAUGUAGCUGCCAAAUUUCAAGAGGCGGCCCUUCAGCGUCCUUCUUAGUCCCUGCGCUUAUGGUGAAAAGCUUGACACAAACACCUGACGCAAAGUCAAAUCUGAUGGCUGAUCUUUAGUGAAGAGGAAACAUUAGCUGAGAGCAGGGUAAAGAGGAGGAAAGGGUUAGUACUUUUCUACCUGCAUCUCUAGGCCUUAUUCUUAAACUGCUAGAGGAGACGGCCUUGUUUUUUUUGUAAUCCAGACUGUAUCCAGAAUUUAUGUUUAUUUACUCCAACUCAGUGAAUGCCAAAAUGUCAAAAUCAACCAAAAUCAAUCACACGCUAUAGUUAAACAUUUUAAUCGUAAUCUGGAUUACACAUCUUUAUAGUUUGAUCAGAUGCACUUUAUUUUGUCAGAAAGUUUUGUACUUUCUGUAAAUGUAAUGAUCUGUAAAUAAAGGAAUGUAUCGAUUCUU